AUGGAUGCAACUGAUAAUAUUUAGAUGAUAGAAGAGAUUCCCGAAUUAGCUACUGAAUUUUUCUGUUUUUCUGAAGACUGCAAAGGUACAAACUACAAAAAUGAAAUCACAUCUAAGAAAUGUUUGGAAUAGCAUGCAUAAUGCGUAUUAAGCAAUGUUGAUGUUGUCAAGCAAGCAUUACUUUUAUAAGAUAUCAAAAAGGUUCAUGAACACAGAAAUCUUAAAAAUAAAAUAGAUUCUAUUAAAAUUGAUUUAGAUGAGAUAAGUAGAGAUUUAGACUCAGUAUUCUUUAUCCAGUAUCUACCAUAAUUGAUGAAGGAGGAUGUUAUAAAAGUUUCAACAGAGUUUCUUAAUUACUUUAGCUUCGAUAACUAUGAAUAGUAUAAAGAAUUAAAAUUUACAGCAUAAUUUGAAAUAGUAGACAGAGUUCUCGAAACCUUUAGCUAGAUUGGAUAACACGUGAACAAGUUAAUACAGAAGACUAAGACUAUCAAAUAAGAAUCUUUAAAAGAAGAGGAUACCCUAAUUUUUAGUCAAGGGGACUUCAAAGUAUUAGCGAAUGCUCCUUUGGCAGGAAACAAAGGAGAAAAUGCAGGCAAUUGUAAAACAAUGUAAUAUAAAAGUUAGUCAACAACAAAAUCACUUUCAAAAAAAAAAGCUAUUAAAAAACUUAAUAAAGAAGAAGGCGGGAUAUCAUAUGCUGAACAAAGAAAAAAAACUCAAAAAAUACUUAAAGUUUAGAAAAAAACAGAGGAAACAAGAAUGAAAUCUUAAGAACUGCAAAAAAAAAAAAAUUUAAAUAGCUAAAUACAAUAUUCAAAUUUAGAGAAUAUUGAUGAUAAUAAAAUGGCAAUCGUAUAAGAGUAAAAGAUAAUUAAUUAAAAUCAUGAAAAAAAGGAUGAACACGACUAAUUAAUUGUUUUAGACGAUGAUGAUUAUGAAGAAGAAGAAAUCGGAUAGUUGAAAAAACAAGCAUUAAAUACUGAAAAUGAAAAGGAAACUAACUUUUUAUAAUUUAACUCUUAAUCUGAAUUGUAAAUAAAUCAAUAAGACUAACUGAAGUUUUCAAAAAUAUUAAAAUCAUAGUAAGAUGAACAAAAGAAUUUGAAGUAAAUUAUGUAUAUAUAAGAGAGCUAAACUGCACAAGAUUUAAAUGCUCACAUAUUUUGUUUGUAUGAUUAAGAAAUACAAAAUAUGAAAUUAAAAUUUAAACAAAAUGAUACUUACAUAUCAGAGAGCUUAUCAGAAUAAUUAUUUUCUACAGUAAAGAAAUCUUAAAUUCAUGAAUUUGAAAAGAUUUUAUAUUUAGUAAAAUUGUAGAAUGACGGUCAUUUAACAAUAACAUCAAUCAAAAACAAAAUUAAGUAAGAGUGCUAUAAAUCAGAUAUAAGCAUAACUGAUUUUUAUUCUUUUAUUGAUAUUUAAGAAGGUGUGAUCUACUUGAUAACUUUAAAGCAAUCACUUUAUAAAAUAUUAACAUUUAAUAUUCAAUAAAAUAAAAACCAAUAUUAAAGAACUAAGUAGCUUUACUCUAAAAAUUUAAAUGACUCAAACAUUGUAAGCAUCUCACAUUUGACCUACGAGUCCUCUUCAAGAGAUAGAAUCGUUAAUAUUUUAUUACAGACCCCAAAAUGUUUGAUGAUUUAGGAAGGAGUUAAUUAAUUUAAUGAAUUUUCUGAUUUUAAAAUAAUAUUUUAUAGUGGGUAUAUUUACUUUUCGAAGCUAUUUAGUUAUAAUAAUGAAAUAUACUAUGCUAUCGCUGGAAUAGACAAUACGCUAUCAUUGUAUAAUUCAAAAUGCCAAAUUAAAAAAGUAAUACAACUACAAAAACAUUUUACCCCUAUUAUAGAUGUGAUAUAAUUUUAAAUUUCUGACGAAAUUUUAUUAUUAGUGUAAAAAUAGGGAUUGUUUUUAUAUAAUUUGAAUUAGAGUUAAUAACCAUUAAUUAAUCCCAAAUGUAUAGCUUAACUGUAGAAUAUUGAAAGUGUCUAUAUCAAAGAUAUAUACCUUUAUGUAUUGCAUAAAAACUUUAAUAAUGAACAAAUAAAGAAAUACUGCUUAAGCGACUUUAGAAGAAUAUCAUCUAAUAUUAAAUAAGAAUCUUAUAGGAAUGAUUGA